AUGCCAGCCCCAGUCGCUGGAGGCGCCUCAGAGCGCAACGCUGCUGAUUCCACCCCUUCUGGAGGUGUAUCUGCACCCCAAGCAGCGGGAUCCUCAGCAUCGACAACCAGCUCGCUGCUGCAGCAGCAGUCUUCGCCGUCGCUGGGUGGCUCCGCAGCAACUGCGGCUCAAGGGACGACUGCAUCAGCGACACCUCCAGCAGCGGGAAAUGCAGCCGCUGGAACGGAUCUGGAUGUGGAGGCGGAUGUACAUAGCCUCUUCCAGAGGCUAUUCUCCGCGGCCGUUUCGGAGGCUGUGAGGGGGCGUGCUGCUUGCUGUAGUAUCGCCGGUGCCCAUCAACUCGCAGAGAGUCGCCAGCUAGCGGUGCCGCCCGACGUGGCUGUGGCUGCCCUUCCAUCCGAAUGCGUCGGGCUGAGUGGAGUUAGCGGCGACUGCUGUUUUGUUAGGCCAGCUGCUGCGGCGGGGGUUGCUGCUGCAGAGGGAAAGACACGAGCUGUUGCUGCUGCACUCCCACUACACAGAGUUUGCGGCCAGAGUAGUGGCUGCGCUCCCUCCCGAAUUGCGGGGGCAUGUUCACCUCGAAGAGCACCAGCUUGCAGGCAUCGAGUUCCCAUCGACGCCUACCAUUGGCAUGCGAGGUAA